CACACACCAAUGUCUGUCCUGCUUCUCUGAAUUCAUGUCGCCAAUUCGUAGCUAAUUCCUGUCCCUUCUCUCUCUCUCUCUCCCCCUUGGUGGUGCGACUCUAGAGCUGCCGCAUCGGUGGCCAUGCUCUCCUUACACCUUCGCCGCGUGCGCUCAAAAGCAACAGCACCAGCACCAGCACCACCGAAAGGCCGAGCAAAGGGCCGACGACCAAGCACGCGCCCGACGCCAUCCCGCCUGACGCCAACCCGGCAGCAGCGCGAGCAUCAGCCCGAGCAGCUCUCGCAACUCAUCCGCGCGCUCAAGCACCGCAGCCGCCCUCCUCCUCCCCCCAAUGCGCAAUCGAAUCCCGACAGCGGCCGCCGCGCCCGCCCCUGGGCCGAUGGCGUCAGGGAGCAGUUCCGCGCCUCGCUGCUCGGCGGCGUCGCCCGCGCAAACCAGGUCGACAUCUUCCGCGAUAUCCUCGCCGGGCCCGGCUACGAGCCACGCCAGUGGCCGCAGAGAUUGCUGCCCCGCACGCCGCGCGAUCUCAUGAGCCGUGACUUUGUGAAGCUGGCGCGCAGGGAAGAGAGGGGAAAAGAAAGAGGAGGAGGAGGAGGAGGAGUGGAUAAAGAGACGACCCUCGUCGUCCAUGCAGCUAAGCUGGCGCUGCGCGAUGCGCUCCAGACGUGCGAGUACGAGCACGACUACGUCUGCAUCAUCGACGGCUUCAUGAGCAAUCCCGUCCUGACGCGAGACCACAAGCUGGAGCUGCUGGGCUGGGUGAGCAAGCACGUGAGCGCGCGGCUGCGGGCGACCGUCCAGGCGCAGAUAACAGUCCUGCGGGCACGCAAGCAGCUCGUCCUCGCCAACGCGUUCAGCGCGCGCGUUUGCGAGGGUGAGCUGCUCCCCCCGCCGCUGAUCGAGCUGGGCCUGCUCAGCGCCGUGCGCUGCCGCGCCUUCCAGGCCAUGCACAACUACCUCGGCGCCGCCCUCGCCCGCAACAAACCCCUUCCCAGCGCCCUGCUCCGCGCCUUUCUGCACACCGCCCUCCUGCCUCCCCCCGGGGCUGCCGACGGCUACCAGCUCCUCCCAAACGCCGACAGAGACGACACCACUGUCCGCGACUGGCUGCUGCUCCGCCUGAGCAGCCUCGUCGACCGCUCCGACUGGUACGGCAGCUACGAGCCCUUCCUGCGAGCCGUAGCGCACGAGGGCCACACGCGCCGCCUCUGGCACGAGUGGAAGGCCGUCCAGGCCGGCCUGCAGAACGACAAGAGGCCGCAGCAGCAGCAGCGGCGGCGGGCGGGGCGGGCGGGGCUGCCGGGGCCGCGCGACCAGUGGCACGACGCGAUGCCCUCGCCCGUCGCGUGGAGCGCCACCGAAGAACACCGCGUCGAGCGGCGCCUGGCGCAGCGCGGCCUCCGCUGGACCGCCACCGCGCGCGCGGAGCUGGCCUUCGUGCUGAUGUUCCUGCGCGCGCGCGACCCGGGCCGCGCCUGGGGCGUGCUGGUCCAGUCGGCCGCUUUGCCCGUCGAUUGUCUCCCGUGGCACGUCCAGGCCUUGCUGCUAAAGCACCGGAAGGCUGUGCCGAAGGGCUUGCUUGCUAAUCAGGGCGCGGGCGUGCUUGCGGACUUGUGUGCUGCGAGGCUGGCGGGUGUGGAGUGCGAGCUGGCUGGGGUCGAGGAGCAGCUGCUUGGGAUCAGGCCACGGCCGGCCAGGGUCAGGCAUGUGGGUGUCGAGGUCGAGCAAGAAGAAAAGCCGGCCAAUGUCAGGAAGAUUGGGCAUAUGCCGGAGAUAAUCAGGGUAGCGCUGCCCGAGGUGGAGCAAAAACAGCACCCCUCCCCCGCGCCCCAAGACCUUCGCCCCAACACCAGCAUCCGCGACGCAACCCUCACCGCGGUCGAGCAAGCGCUGCACGUCGAAAUCCCGCAGGAGCCGCACGUCGAGUUCGCGUUCGCGGCCAACAGCAACGACGUGGCCAGUAAGCACGCGCUCCAGCAAACGCUGAUGGGCCUAUACGAGGCAAUGCUGGAAGAGAUCGAGCUGGCUUUGGGGCUGGGGACGUGGGUGUGGGAUGAGGAGAGCGGGACGGGCUGGCAUGAGGAGGGGGAAUGGCGCGAAUUAACAGCCGACGCCGCCGCAUGGCAAGAAGAGGAAGAGAAGAAGCAUCAGCUUCAGCAAUCCUCAGCGGCCAAGCGCUCGCCUGCUGACGAUGGCGACCGCACGGGGCUACUGCACCAGUAUUAUGAGACCGAACUGGCUAAGAUCGAGCAAGCAAUGGGGCUUGGGAAGUGGGUGUGGGAUGAGGGCAAGGGCAGGGGCUAUCAUGAACAGCCGGAAUGGCUCCGCGAAUGCGCAUGGUUCGCAACCGACGCCUUAUGGCAAGAAGCGAAGCUGCAGCUUCAGCGGCAGCAUCCCUCGCCGGCUAAGCGCUCGCCUGCCGCUGACGAUGACCCCGCCGGGCUGCUGCGCCUGUAUGAGACGGAACUGGCUAAUAUCGAGCAAGCUAUGGGUCUGGGGAAGUGGGUGUGGGACGAGAGCAAGCGGAUGGGCCACCAUGAGCAGCCGGAAUGGGUCCGCGAAUGCACGUGGCUAAUGCUUGACCCCGCGUGGAGGGACGUGUUUCGCCACUGGGGGCUGGACGACGAGGAGCGCGUUGCUGAGGAGAAGGAGGGCGACGACGAUGACGGCGACGGCGUGAAAGAGGAAGAGGAGGUAGGGCGUUGAUGAUGCUGGUGGUGCUGGGGGUUUGUUGUAGGUGGGCGUGCAGGCAGCUAGAUUAGAG